CGCAGAUCAGACAUAUGUUAGGCACACUGUGACGGAUAGAGCAUUGAGAUAGCAACCUCAGCGGACUCGUAACAAGAUGUCAUCAGAAGCAAUUCUGACGUCUCAAAGGACAGCCGGGUCGCCAACUACUAAGUCGAUUUUCUCGCCUUCGAGCGAUAAAGACAGCGAGGAGCGCACCGACGCGAAAAUCGAUGCCAGCAAUCGUGAUGACGUCAGUUCCGGCGAUGACGACUGGAACGACGACUUCGGCAAACUCGUCAUCGACCUGGAGACUGAAAAUGAUGGCGAAAAGGCCAGUAAAGAGUCGUCUCGCCAACAAAUCAAGAACAACAAUAACAAUAAUAGUUCCGGCGGAAGCCCUUGCACUGGAAAAGUUUCAAACAAUGAGAAAUUAAGUUCGAACCAGGCAAAGGGCGCUUUAAAAAACUCAAUCGUACAGAGUACUGCUUCAGGUGUUGGAAAAAGCGUCAAAAGUAAACCCAAGAAAAAGUCAUCUAGCAAGCACCAUGGUUCAGCUGCUAGCUCUAGAACCUCGUCGCCCACGGCGCCGAAUUCUGAGCUUACGGGCCAGGUUCAAAGUAAGAGCAGUCACACGUGCGCUGCCUCCGAUUCUCGGUCAUCGGGUCUCGGUUCAACGGCUCCGCGGGCUUCGAACUCUCCCGACGAGGCAAGUGGCAAGAAAAAGUCGUCGAAGUCUGGGCGCAGCCACCACAAAAAGCACAAACACAGUUCGGAGAAAAACGAGGCGAAAGCAGACGGCGAAAAAAGUAAAUCAAAAUCAAAGCACUCAAGCUGCACAAACUCUCCCACAAGCUCUGGCAGUCACUACCUAUCCAACCACGUGACCAACACAAGCGCAUCCCUCUCUGUGAGCAACAAACCGCAAAGUUAUCAUCGCAGCGCCUCGCCCAGUAUAAGCGCAAUUUCCACUCCGUCGUCGUGCGCUUCAAAAUUUCCGCACAUGCCGCAGUCCAGAACCCCAGUCCGUACCCCCCUUGCCCCUGCAGCUACCGCCGGGGUGAAACUAUCUACAAAUGAUAAGGACUCUUCAGAAAGCUGUCACUCCCAGCACAGCCGCAAAAAGCACAGAAAAGGUCUGUCUGGUAGCGGUCUUACGUCACUUGGCAGUUGCCUUCAAUCCAGCACAGUCGUGACUUCUCAUCCGCGCGUUGAUGCAAGCGCAGUGGAUCCACCCCAGUUCCGAUCGUUUGGCAAUUCAGGAAAGCGUGACAGGAAUGCUCAGUCACACUCAAAUACAGCCGGCGAAGGAACCGGCCCGAAGAAAAUGAAGCUGGAAAUGGAUACCAAGAGUUUAUCAAAGGAGGAAAACCGUUCAAAGACUUCAGCCAAUAUACCAAGCCCUUGCCACGAGGCCAACACAAAACUCCCGUCCCCAAAAACUGCGACUUCCCCGGGAAAUGCGACUCUGAUUCCCGCCACGUUCGAAACGAAGCCCGGCAUGAAAGCCAGCGACCGUUUCGCCGCCUCUUCCGCCACCGUUUCCCCGCCUGUUUUCGCACCGUCCAGUAUUUUCGCCACGUCAAUAGCAAAGUUCGGCGACACGCAUACUUCGCCUGUCUGGUCAUCGGGCAGCGGUAACAGCCACGCUGAAGAAUCAAGAAAGAAACCUCAAACUUCACAACGGUCUGUGGGAACGUUGACACUAACAGCAGAUGUUGGCGUUAUGACAGAGCCAGACGCCCUGGGUCCGUGUGAGCCAGGCACAAGUGUACACUUGGACGGAAUAGUAUGGCACGAAACAGACACAGGCGUACUCGUAGUGAACGUGACCUGGCGAAACCGCACCUAUAUGGGAACACUGCUAGACGCAACGAAGCACGACUGGGCCCCUCCUAGGUUUUCAGAUUCCGAUCUUGACAUCGAACUUCGUGGUAAGAACGGGAGACCGAAACGUCAGCGGGGAACCACCGGCGAUUCUACGUCAUCAAGAAAAGGUCGUAGUCGUGGAAACCAGGCACUUGCUGAUGACGUCAAAGGAAGUCCGUCUACCGCCGCCAAGCGGCGCGGAAAGAAUUCCGAAUCGGAAUCAUUAAACGAUGACGUCAGCACAUCGCGUUCGGCGUCGAAACGUGCGCGUGUGGUGCCCUCUCGCGGUGCAAGUAAUAGCAGCGUGCAACAAGACAGAGGGACCAACGGUUCAAACGGAAGUGAAUCUUCUACCUGUUCAUCACCAGUCUUUAUUGAUUGCCCUCACCCGAAAUGUAAUAAAAGAUAUAAACACAUCAAUGGAUUGAAAUACCAUCAAGCACACGCUCACCUCGACUUUGAAAACGUGAAGGAAGAAUCCGAGAUGAAGGAAGAUGCGGAAACAAAGGACAGUGAAGCGGGAUCAACUGUUUCUUCUCGGGAGGACACAGAGUCAAAAACCUCGGACUCGGAAGCGGCCUCAAAAGAACCAACAACAAAACCUUCAUCUUCUAUCGUCGACGUUGCCAUGGAAACACCGCUUACUGACUCUGUGGCCCCAUCUGGUGACCAAACUAAAGUUACAUUUAUGACAAUUGACGCUGCAGUUAACGAAAUCGAGCGAGCGAAUAUAGAAGCAGGGGCUGUGUCAUGCCAGGAACCAUUCAAGUUCCCAAGCGAAGUUAUCCCACAAAUAGUUCCUGUACCUGCUGACCCCCUCCCAACCACCCACGUUAUACCACCCAACACAACUACAACUUCUGUACCAAGCGAGUUAAAUCAAUCUAACGUAUCAAGCUUGUCCACCACUUCACUCAGUACUUCAUAUGCUGAUAGUAUGCAGAACAAUGUAUCUAAACCAAGUGCACAGCUGUAUCCCGUUGUUCCCCCAUCCAUACCCCAACCUCAAGAGCCUGGUGCAGGGGAUAGUGAAAUUGCUCUUGCAGUUAAAGCCUUGCUUCAAACCCAGGAUUCCCAGGAUGAUCUACCAGGCUUAACAGCUCCAUACAGCCAGGAUUCUCCCCCUCCAACUCUAUCCCUUGUCUCCAGGUCUGCCCCAACUGCAAUGCAAAACCACAUGGAGACUACACAGAGUUUUUCAAGCGCAUACCCCCGUCAGCCUUCCUCAGUAUACCCAGGAACCGCUAUGUACCCCAGGUCACCAGCUUCGGACGAAGUCCCGAUUUCUUCUCAGAGCUUGCGCAGCCACUUGUUGGCCACAAUGACUACACAAAACGGACAUCCAUUUGAGUCUGUUACCACACCAGUAUCUAAUGUCCCUACAUCUAGCAUGCCUCGGUCUGUACCUCAGAGUGUGCCGCAAGAUACUAUAACGAACACUACGUCACCCAGCAGUGUUCAGCUGCCAGGAACUAAGGAACAUUUCCUACCCACAGCCCCACCCCACCCAAGCACCCACACGGGUAACAAAAUGGCUAAAGGAAAAACAGUCCCAAUACCAGUGGACCCCAAUCACGGGUUGAUGAUUUCACCCACUAACCCACACGGAGGAUCACCCGGCAAUCAACCAAACUCUGCCAAGAAAGUGAAAAAAAGUAAAAAGAAACCAGAUGGUCGUCCCACUGGUGCAUCCGACUGCGAAAGCACGAGGAGCACAGAGGGCCCAUAUUCAGUGAAACAAGAAUCGCAUUCGAACCAGGACGGUCAAAAUGCUCCAUCGGGUUUCCCUGCAAACGGGGCAGCAGCAGUACUUAAUAACUUGGCUACAUCAUACCAAAAUGACCAGCAAAAGAUACAGCAGACCACUCCAAGGUCGGAACAGGUAACUGGUUCGUCUCAAAUGGUCAUCAAAUCUGAACCCGGUGUUCGUUUCCCACCUUCACAACAUUUCAACCAACACCUUGGAAUGUCGAUGCAAAACGGGAGAAAACUGCCUGGCAUAGUGAUGCCUUCUUCCUCUGUGAGUGGCGGACAGUUCACAAAUAACAUCACAGUCACCGGUACCUUCCAUCCCCACCCUGACCCACACAAACCCCAGACAGCGGUAUCCGCCCAGGCGCAAGAUCGCCAGCGGACAGCUCGUGUCUCACCCUCUCCUUCAUCGAGCAACCGCAACAAUAACAACAAGUUACCGGGUAAGGAACAAGCUGAAGCCAAGGCCAGAGUCCCUGCCGUACAUCAAGAGCAUUCACAACCCACAAACCUAAGUGAUAUUUCGGCCCCGGAUUCUACAAUGAACCACCGCCCAAAAUACUCAAGUGCCAAAAGCCCAGCCAACAUUACCAGCCAACCAAAGGACAGACAAGCAGAGAUUUCCACAAUGGGAAAGUUCCAGGAUAAAAUGAUCAGCACAAUAGAAAGUGCUUAUGCUGGUUCAAGACCAACUCCAAGAAGCAAGGCCAGCACCCCACAACUGGAGGUGCCGAGACCUGAACCGAACACUGUCCGUUCAAGGCCUUGUACACCGAAAGAACAAAGACCAAUGUAUGAGGAUUCCCGGCCAAAACCUCCAGUGGCAAGUCCUGUCGUGCCCAGACCAAGGCUACCCCUUGAUAGUGUUCAACCAAUACCCAGAGCUCCUGGAAGCCCAAAACUGCCAGUUGAUUUACAGCAGUUAAACCAGCGCGGUCCAUACUUACAAUCAAUAUAUAACUACCCACUGCAAAAUUAUGGUUUCGUGGACGGAUAUCAAGCAUUAUUGGACCCAGUUGCAGUAAGGCAACAGCAGCAAUACAUGGAAUACCUCAGUGAGAUGCAGAAACAACAGCUGCAUCACCUGCAACAACAACAGCACAUACAACAAGUACAACAGCAAGCUCAUUUUCAACAACAACAACAGCAGGCACAACAGGCGCAAAUGCAAGCGGAAAAGAAAAACCGAAAACCCCUUGAGCCCCACCCACCCAAGAUUGCCCCCAAGGUGGAAGUAGCCCCGAUUAAACCCACCCCACAAAACCCUGCAACAUCCUUGUCAGAAAAAGGGGGUCCAUGGGUUGGGGGUCCCCAUAUGAAGAGGCAUUCAACAGGCUCAAUUUCUCCUCUUCAAAAUCAUAUCCCUAAAGAAAAGCCCCACGGCCCUCCACAACCCCACCACCCCUCACCCACUGUGCUUCACCCUCGUUAUAAAUCCCCACAGCCGAGUUCUCACCCCCAAAUCUCGCACACCACCCCAACCCAUAACCGUUCCCACUCUGUGACGGUGAACCCCCUUGCUGGGGUGAGUGGGUCACCUUCCUUACCCCAACCCCACCCACGCUCUGAAAUACAAGAGCGGACAAGGCGCUUGGAGCCCCCACCUCGGGAUGAAGGCAAGAUUCCGAUUAGAAAACCUGCAACCCCCACUUCUCGUAGCGGCGAUGGUAGUCCUGAAAAGAUGAAAGAUGGCCACCCUGCUUCACUGUAUAGAUCCCAUGUAGAAAGUCCAGGCCACCUACAAUACUACGCUGCAGCUCAAUACCAACAAGUGUUUGAUCCAUCUAGACCAAGCUACAGACUCCCCUACAGUGUGCAUGGCCUUCCACCAGGUACCCAAAUAGGCACCCCAAUAUUUCCUGCCCAAGCACAGUGGGGACCUCAGCACCCAGCAAUGGGUAAGCACUCCCCUGGCCCUGUCAAGCAAGCAGCAAGGGAUAUACCUCCAAAUGCUCCAAGAUCACCAAGAGAAGACCACCCCCAAAGGGGCCGACCUGAAACAAAAGGACGAGAAAACUUUGUUCAUAAUUCCUCCAAAGAAAGAAGAGUAAGAGAAGUCCCCCCAAUACCUCGGAAAUUGAGUCGCAGCCCUGACCCGAAGUCUGCACGCCAUCAAGCCCCCACCCCUUUAGAAAAGCCAAGUAGAAGCCAUACACCCAACAGUAACCCCGACCGAGCCCCCUCCCCACCCACACAGCGACACUUACACACCCAUCAUCAUAUACAUGAAGGGGUAACCCCCUAUCACCCCAUUAUACCCCAGCAUUAUGGAUACCCUGCACCAAUUGCUGCACAACCUGUUAUAGCUGCAAACACUGAGGCAAUGGCUGCUGGAUAUCCAGGACAAUUUCCCUCAAAAAGGGAUUAACUGGUGGUGUGUGGCUGCAAUUGAACACAUGUUGUGUGUUUGAAUUUUGUUUCAACUUCUUACUUUUUGACUGAGUUCUCUUUUAUCGUUCCGACCAGUUCAAGAUGUAUUUCAUUCCACUUGUGCCACUUCGGCGCCAGUGAAACCUCUUUUUCGAGACUUCUUUUUCUUGUUGUAGUUAACUUAGAAAUCUAACCUAGGAGGAUAUAAAUGGUUUUCUUCUUCAAACCGAAAAAAUGCUAAUCCAUGCCAACGUACUGAUUGCUGCUUACGAUUUGUGAAUUAAUCUUUCUAGUUUUCCAUUUUGUACAAGAAUUAUUUCUUGUUCUAAAUGUAACGUUUUUCAUUUUACGAAUGCUCGUGUUUUGUAUCUGCUGUUUUGCACUGUGUUUAAUCUCCAUGGCUGCGGCAAAUAUAAAACGUCAAGCAAAUGGUCAAUUUUUAA